AUCAAAAUAAGAUCAUGAUUAGCAGAUAUCAAACUAUAUCUAGGAAUUUCAUAUUAUUCUCAUUUUAGCGAGGGGAGAAUUACAGUAAGGUUAAGGAUGCUGAUUUCAAGAGUGGUCUGAUCUGAGACACUUCGGGGAGUUUCAAGAUCACCCAGGGCUGCCAUGGAGGCUGGUGGCUCCUGGCUAUGGAAAGCUCUGCAGUAUGUGCCUGCCCUUGGGUGGCUAAAGAAUUAAGUUCUCAAAGGCAGCACUCACUUUUGACAGUGUUUUGCCCUGAGAGAGCUCACAGCGUACAAAAAAGUGGAUGGUGGGCCAGGAGUUGAACCUGCUUUCCAUGUUUUAUAUUCACUUUAUGACCUCUUUUGCUGCUAGAAAGAUGAACUGCAUAGGCUUCUCUGCAAUUCAGAAUGAAAUUGUGUCAGACUGACAGACUAGUUUAAGGUAACAGUUAACGCAUUUGCCAGAGCUCAAGAACCAUUACUGAGGCACAAAUCCAGGAUAUCUUUGAAUCCAGAUCUCUGUAAGCAACAAAAUGCUGCCCUUUAAUGACUGCUGGAUCAGCUCUAUAACUUGAAAAGUGGAUUGAAAUGGGUAGUGAAGCUAAAGUAGUUUUAACACUGCAGUUUCUAAAUGAGUUGUAAAAUAAGCUGGAACAAGUUUGCACUAGAAACAUUUGCUAUUAAGAGUAAAACUAUGGGACUGGAGCCAGGCCAGCUGUGCUACUCCUCCUCCUUUGCUUAUGUACCAGUAGGUGCUAGAGGCUACAGACACUGGAGGUAUAAGGCACGUUUCAUUGCUCUCAUUUGAUUCCCUCAGGCUGACACAUGGAGUUCACAGGCUCCACGGCAAGCUGCGUCUAGCCUUCUUUGGCUGGAGGGAGGAUUGCUGACACAUCGUGCAUUUUGGCAGGAGAGACCAUCAACACUGAAGUAAAAGAAAGGAAAAAGACUUUAGGUUACUGAUUCUUCAAGGCAGAGUUGCUUGUAGUAUAUGAGUUUACAAGCAGCGUGAGCAACAGGUCAUAAAGAGGUCCUCAUUUGCUUAGAUGUAAUAGACAGCUUUUCACAGGCUGAUGUUCAAGUGACAGGUUCUCAGGGAAAAUCUAAUCAAACACUUGAAGUCAGGACUCCAAAGAGCUUGGGUCAAGAGACAGAGAAGGUCAAAGAUAAGGAUCACAACAUGCAGCAAGAGGCAGUUAAGCUAACUGGCAAGCAAUCUGAAAAGAAAAAUAUAUGGGUCACAAAUUUAUCCAUUUGAAAUUACACAUGUAAGAAAUAAAGAGAAUUUUCAUGCGUGAUUUAGCAAAUUACAUCUGUUAAUUCAUUUGAAGAACAGCAACAACAAGAUCUAGAAUAAGUGUCAGUAAAGCAAAAUAAAAUACUUGCGUGUUUUAUAGGAAACAAAGGAGGAAAACAGUCACCCUCCCAAGUGUUGAGGAAAUCUGAAAUGACUUGAAUUGCACUUAAACUGUUUAAAUGUGUUAUGUAGAAACACAAGCCUUAAAUGCUCCUUUUUUUUUAAACAAUGGGAUCCAAUAAAUAAUACAGACCAAUUACCAAUGGAUGUACAUUACAUCAGUCCCAGCUAACUUAUUUUCCAGAAAACUCUCUAGGCUUUGGGACAAAAUAUUUUCCUUCUUUUCAGUGCAAUGACUUUGUGAACAUGCUGUAACUUUUUCUGCACACGGAUUCAUUUUUAUGAUUGCAUUAUUUAUUCAGCACUGACAUGAAAAUAUUCUUAGCAGCCUAAGCAUUUUAGCAUUCUUACAUCAUAUUAUCUUGAAAAACUGUGUGUUCAGUAAUGCAUAUACAUUGAACUUGAAGUAGCUAAUAUGCAUCAGCAGUGAUAAAGGGCAUCAGGUAGAUCAGUGGUUGACAUAUUUCCUGAAAUACUUCCUCCACAUCAGCUAAAGCUAUCUCUUAGCUAUAAGGAGGAGAUAAAAAACACAAUUUAAAGGAAUCAAUGCAUGUAGAUGAAUAUGUAUUCCAUCAUUUCAGGAUAACUUAUUUUGCUUUAUCUUAAAAAAAAUAGGGAAGACAUCGUUAAGAAAUAUAAUACCCAGCAUUUCAGGGUGGAGUGGUGUCAUGUUAUGUUUUUGGAUUAAAGAUUCAAACCCACCUUUGAAUCCAGACAGCCCCAAACCAUCUAUAAAUAUAUUAUUACAGCUUGGCUAAUUGGAAAACACCCUAUAAAUAUACUGAAAUUAUGUUUGGCUUGGUUUCCAUACAUAUCAAAGAAGAGGGAUUCCUGGCAAACCUGAAAUCUAUAUUGAACAACAAGUUUGCCAGCUGGAUUUUCAUAUUCUAUAACAAGUUUAUGCAUUAUUUUAGAAAAUGUACUGAACUAGACCUGACUGAAAACAAACCAUUGUAAUAACAAAACAAACUAGUUCAUUUGGUGGACCUAAUGGUUUCGAGUGUAAUCAGUCAAUAAAUUUUAACAAAAUUAUUGUCUUGACAUUCAUUAACAAAGAGGUGCGGAACUUGGAGAUGCUAGCAGGGCAGCACAUCCCUCACGGUUUGGCUGUUUAUGUUGCAGAAGAACAUUUUGUCUUGCUGACAGGCUUUCUGACCAACGCUCUCCUCUCAUGCCUCAACAGCGAAACUUGUUGCUCGCCUUUUAUGCGGGCUCUGAUCGGAUCUAAACUGCAGUUCAGUCACUGCACUUGGCUUGGGAUCACUCUUCCAACGUCUAACAGGCUGCUUUGGAGAGACAGAGAUGGCAAAGCCCUUGCUCAAGCAGCUUACGCUGUGCUGGAGAACAGCAACAGGCUGCACCAAGCAGUCAGACAGAGAGAGUCAGCAGCAAAGGGCAGAGGGAGUACAGACCGCCUAAGCCAUUUUGCUUAAUAUUUCUGAUUUUUUUUUUAUUUUUUUUAAACCCUCUCUUGUUAAUUCAACGUAGCUAAAGAGAGGGUGUCGAAAGGAGAUCAGCCGCAGAAGCAAACCCCGCAGGAGGAUAUGGCCCAGAAGAUGGAUUAGGAUCUCCUGACGGCAGGCGGUGCGCCGGGAGGGCGGCUGAGGCGAAGGCACGGCAGCCCGCACACCGCCGCUCGGCCUCCGGCAAGGCAAGGGAACUUAUUUUUCCGCCAGCAGAACCCCUUGGCAUCUUCGGCCAGACCUCCCGGGGCCGCCACAGCAGCAGCGAAACCACGCCGUGCCGCUUUUGGGCCGAGGGGCUCGGUGGGCAGCGGGCAGGAGCUCAGCAACUCGCGGGACCAAAAUGGCCCCCGCACACGGCGCCCUGAGGGGAGGCGGUGGCCGCCCGGCCCCGGGCCAUGGCGCUCCCCGCCCCCGUUGUGCAGCCGCCGCGCAGGCGCCCGGUGAAGGGGGCCGGCGGCUCUGCUGGGGCAGCGGCGGCGUUGGAGGCCGAGGGCCGGCACCCAGCGCUCCGCCAUGCCCGUGCGCUUCAGGGGCUUGAGCGAAUAUAAGAGAAACUUCAGAUGGAAAACCCCAGAGUUGUGUAGCCCAGCCCAAGAGCAGAAGUCCGGGUGGGCAGGACUUCGGUCGGAUCAGUUAGGAAUCACAAGAGAACCAAACUUCAUUUCCAAGAGAAGGGUACCGUACCAUAAUCCACAAAUUUCAAAGUCCUUUGAAUGGACAGCAGAUUGUGAUUUGGAUGACCCACUUGAAACUGAGGUUCUGAAGACUGCAGAGUUGCACACAGACCAUAAUAAUGAUGUGAAUCAGGAAAAAAUUGAAACACCGGAAGGACCAAGGCUCCCCCCAAAAGUUCGGUCACAUUCUGCAGAUUCUAGAGUUGAAACUGCUCUUGCCCUUGCAGAAAACAAUAUGAAGAGAUCACCAACUGUAGCUCCACCAAAUAAAAAUGAAGCAUUUGUAUCUUCAAAAAAGGAACCAGAAAAAAUGGAUAAUGGGCUUCACAGAGUCCUUCAGAGGAAAGCAGGCAUGAAUAUUCCACGUUUAAAUACUUUCCCCAGAAAUUCUGAAUAUCAAAGCCAAUUUAUUUGGAAGAGUCCUCAUGAAAAGUCACCAAUACUAGCAGCUGAAGAGGUUAUUUGCAAUACGAGUAAAUCCAUACCUCCGUUCAAGUCUCCUGCAAUUACUUCUGAAACAGAACAUGAGAGAAAUUUCAAAGGUUCUCCUCCUGCUAAGAGCCCACAAGAGAGAUGCUGUUCAGAAGAGAGAGAAUUUCUGGUUUGUGAGCAAAGUAAGAGGGAAGAACCGUUUCACAAGCCAGCAGAAGAUGCAUCAAAACAAGGGAAAUCAGAGCAGAAACAUCCUAAACAAAAAAAUAAGCAGCAUAUCAGUCAAAAGCCCCUCUCUUUACAUACAAAUCGUGGGAAGAUGAACACUGAAUAUAGGUCAAAAUUUUUGUCUCCAGCCCAGUAUUUCUACAAAGAUGGAGCUUGGUCUCGUAUUAGGAGUAAAGUUCCCAAUCAGGCAUCUCAAAACCCCCUAAAUUCCAUGUGGUAUAUGGAGGUGAGAGAACUUCGAGCAAGAGCAAAGGCUUACAGACAGCGAAUAGAGGGAACACACUUCUCCCGAUACCAUCUCAACCAGAUCCUGUCUGAUAAUAACAGUCUUUGGGAUGUGUCCUCGAGUUCCAGUUCAGAAGAAGGCAUCAGCAAUGACAUUAGAGCACUAGAUCUUGCUGGGGUUUCUGAAAAAGAGACUGCACCAAGGCCAAAAAUGCUGCAGCAACCUGAAGCCAGAGAAGAGUCACAUGAGAAUGACCCUGAGAAAAAAGACAUGUCAGAUGCUUCAACUGUUCCAGUCAAAAGGCGUUUAGUUUGGGGUGAACAAGAAGCUACUGAAGAAAAGGAGAAUCAGCAGUCAACAGGAGAGGAAGAAAAAGAAAACGAAAAAGCUGCAGUUGUAGUGCAGAAUUUAGAAGAAAACAAUAAGGACGCCAAUGAAGAUAACAAAGUUGAAGGUGAGAAUGCCUUACUGCUGAAUUCUGCAGCUGUGUCAGAUUCUUCUUCUGUAUCCUCGGAGCCAGGCGGCAGACUUCCUACUCCAAAGCUGAGAGCACUUGGUAGAGCACAGAGGACCCAUCAUGAUCUCACUACCCCUGCUGUCGGAGGUGCGGUUCUAGUGUCUCCUCCUAAAUUCAGGUCUUCAUCUUCACAGCCGAGAGUGCGAGGUUUAGGAACAGACCCUUCCUCAGCUAAGCAAGGUAUAAGAGAAGCUACAAAAAGAAGGUCCUUCCGGCCUGAUGUGGAAAUGAAAGCUGUUUCACUCCUUACCUCUCCACCUGCUGGGCUGGGAACUUUGGAUCCUCUGCCACUUAGGCAGGAUCAGUGGCCUUCUAACGGUGUUUCUGAUGAGCGAGUUUCUCAUAAUUCAGCACAUCAAGAGCAUUCCUCUGUACCUCCUCUGCUGAAAUCAACCAGAAGCCGCCCUGUGUCUUGCUGGAGUCCCUCUCCUCGUAUUCAGGGAACUCUCAAGGAUCCUGAAUUCCAGCAUAAUGGAAAUAUUGGGAAUCCAAAAAUGAGAUCUUUCCAGUUACCCCUUCAGGAAAGAAACUAUAAUGAUGAAGAUGACAGGCUGUCUCAGAUUUCUGCUCGCUCGGCAGCUUCUAGCUCACUUGCAUCUCAGAUACUGGAACGAGCUCAGAAGAGGAAGGAGGAUUUCUGGGGCAAGACAUAGGCUCUCCCACCUGUUUUAUAGAAACUGUAAAAAUAUUUAUUUUUAUAGGUUGUAGUGUAAAUUUUUAAAAAUGGUGAUUGUAGGUGCCAUGUAGCAUCCUUUCACUUGUCACUACUGUGGCUCAACCUUAGGACUUGCCAUCCCAAUUUAAAAUUUCAACAUUUAAACCAGUGUUGAAAAUAUAGGUCCUUUAUAUUUGAGAAUUAUGUUACGCAGCCAUGUUUUUUUUGUUGCUGUUUGUUUUUAAUAGCACCUCUUGAAACUCAGACAAUUACUAUACCCAGUAACCUGUGUAUUACUUUUCAAGGUAUUCUACUGCAGUCUGGCAGUAUGAUGUGGGACAGUAUUCAGGGGCAACGCUAUCAUUCACCAAACAUCUCAGUUGCUUGAUUUUAACCAGAUACCUUAAAGGCAACUGUGGUGUAUUGGAUUCUGUUACUGUAUGAAGUGUGAGUACAACACAGCUGUAUAGCAAAAUUUGUUGCUUUUGCUACUUAAUACUUUUAGCCUGUUACCAAAAAGCCCUUAUUACUUUUUAAGGAAGCUAAUACGGAACAUACAAGAGUUUCAGAAAAGGACAUUAAGCUUCAGGGUUUGUUGAUUGCCCACAGUUUUUUGGCCAGGAUGACUGUUAAAGAUCAAUGUGUACAGUUCUGCAGCUUGUCAGAUGUAACGAAAUGUUUUGUGGGCGAGACCCAUAUUUAGUGUUAAUGUCAACUUCUCUAGAAAAAGCAACCUUAGCCACUUUAAACAGUGGUCUUUCCCAGCCCCUCUUCAACCUCAGGUACUUAGGGGUAGUUGAUAUCUUAAAAUAAAAGAAGAAUGUUUUCUUGACUUUGACAUUUUAAUUACCUCUUUCUAGUUGCCUGUUUAUGGGAGACUGGACUACUGUUACAGUUGUCACAGCAAAAAAAUAUUUGUGAUUUAUGCUGACAGCCUGUUUUCUCUUUGCAACUGAUGCAAACAAAUUAACAUGAAAUCGAAGAAGUAGAUGGCUAGCAGCCAACUCUUACAGUGGUUUGUUUCUUCUUGUGUGGCUUCAAGUUUUAAUAAUAUUUAAUUUGGAAAUUUUGUACUAGAACAAUUUGAAUUUUGUACACGUUUGUAUGCAUUCUGAUUUUGUACACACGUCUAUGUAAUACUUAAAAUAAAAAAGGGUUAAGUUGG